CUUGUCCCGCGUGGGAUGCAGCCCGCCAGUCUAAGCCGCGCCGCAGCGGGAGCUGUCCGCGGUGCUGACCGCAGGCGCGCCCCACGUCUGGCCGGUGCGCACGCGUCUGCGCGCAACGCAGGAGACCCGCGGGCGCCGUCACUGCGCAGCCUCCCGUGCGGUUCGGGCCAGGCCUGUGCGGUGCCGGAGACUCGCGGCCCGGCUCCUGGCGUGGUCGCAUUCUCUGCCCGCGGCCUCCCCGGCCGCCCCUCUCGUCCUGGCACCGCCAUGGCGCUCAACAAUUUUCUCUUCGCGCAGUGCGUCUGCUACUUUCUGGCCUUCCUGUUCAGCUUUGUGGUGGUGGUGCCGCUGUCCGAGAACGGCCACGACUUUCGCGGCCGCUGCCUGCUCUUUACCGAGGGUAUGUGGCUGAGCGCCAACCUGACGAUGCAAGCGCGGGAGCGCUUCACCGUGCAGGAAUGGGGCCCGCCGGCCGCCUGCCGCUUCAGCCUGCUCGCCAGCCUCCUGUCGCUGCUGCUGGCCGCUGCGCACGCAUGGCGCACGCUCUUCUUCCUCUGCAAGGGACAUGAGGGCUCCUUCUUCUACGCCUUCCUGAACCUCCUGGUCAGCGUCUUUGUGGUUUUCCUGGUCUUCAUUGCCAGCACCAUUGUGAGUGUGGGCUUCACCAUGUGGUGUGACACCAUCACGGACAAGGGCGCUGUGCACCACAGCUGCGAGAAGUUCCAGGACAUAGACUUGGAGCUGAAUGUGGACAACUCCGCCUUCUACCGCCAGUUUGCUAUCGCCCAGUUUGGUCUGUGGGCGUCAUGGCUGGCCUGGCUGGCGAUCACCACCCUGGCGUUCCUGAAGGUUUACCACAACUAUCGCCAGGAAGACCUGUUGGACAGCCUGGUUCAUGAGAAGGAGCUGCUGCUGUCCAGACCAGCCUCCCGCACCUCCUUCCAGGGGGAGAAGAGCGCUGUCAUCUAGGCUGGAGCCCCACCCAGGCUGGCCGAUGCAGCUCUGCAUGUGUCCCUUGGCCCCUCCCACCAAGA